AUGUAUCUGAUCGAUUUAAUGUUACAAUAAGUACAUUGCAUACAAUUAUAUCAAGGGUAACAAAAUUUUUAAUGCAACUUGCACCACAAAUAAUAAAAUUUCCUACGUUGGAGGAAAAAGAAGCAACGAAGACAUAUUUUUUGCAAUUGAAAGGAUUUCCUGGAAUUAUUGGCUGUGUAGACGGUACACACAUAAGAAUUGACAAACCACAACAGGAUCACGAUUCAUAUAUCAAUAGAAAGCAAUAUUUUUCUAUUCAUAUGCAAGCAACUGUUGAUCAUAACAUGAAAUUCAUAGAUGUUUUUAUUGGCUAUCCAGGAUCCGUCCAUGACGCAAGAGUAUUUAAAGAAUCUCCUUUAUACGAAUCUCUUCAAGAAAUUUGCUCAGAUGGAUCUUACUUACUUGGAGAUAGUGCAUAUCCAUGCUUAAGAAAUUUAAUAGUUCUAUACAGAGACACUGGACAUUUAACUCAGGCACAAAGACAUUUUAAUCAAAGAUUAAGUUCAUGUCGUGUUAAAGUUGAAAACGCAAUUGGUUGCUGGAAACAAAGAUUUAGACAAUUAUAUCAUUUUAAGUUGCGAGAUAUCGUGCGUAUGGUGCAAAUUAUACAUGCUUCUUGUGUUUUACAUAAUUUAGCAAAUAUAGAUGAUUUAGAUUUCUUAGAACCUCCACGUAACGAUGAGUAUUCGGAUCCAGAAGCAGUAACAAUACACGUUGAAAAUGAUGAAAUAAUUGAUGGAAAUCAGCAUGGUCGUGAAUUGCGAGACGAAUUGUGUCGUCAACUAUUUGCACGAUAA